CAGCCGUCAAAUCAAUAUUUGUGUAUAGAUAUAACCAGUACAGCUGCCUGUAGACCCUCGCUGCCGGGCCGUCGGAGCCUCAGUCGACACUCGGCGCGCCAGCGAGCUGGUCCUCAGCUCCCAGUAGCUCCCGUGAGCUCCCAGUGCUUGAAUUUUCUAAGUCCAUUAUCAACUUAGUGCCUGGACUGAAGAUGUCCUCGGGAAUGUACUAUUACCGGCUCGCACAUAUAAUAAAGACCUGAUCUACAAUGGAGCGCGAUGGCCUGCCAGAAGAUCCCGCGAAACAAUGGGAAGUUCUUCUGUGUAUCAUCGCCUUCGAAGAAAAGAAGAUAGACCGGAGACCAGAUGGUGCUAUCGAGGCCCUGACUUACUUCUACAACCAUAAGGGAAUAAGGCACAUCUUCACAGAAUGGAUCAACCAGAUGAAGCUGAGCUAUGACAAGCAAAUGUCUGAAGAUGACACGGCCAGGAAGAAUGAUGAGAUGGCACUGCUUUGGAGGCAGCGGGGAAACAUCAAGUUCAGGGCGGAGAUGUUUGAAGAGAGCCACAAGCUAUACACUAAGAGUGUGCUCUUUGCUAGAAAAGAUGGGCCCUUGUACUCCGUGGCCCUGGCUAAUAGAUCCGCUGCCGCGUUACGACUCAGACGCUACAAAGAGAGUUUGAGAGAUGUCCAACGCGCUCUGUACCACCAGUACCCUCCAGACCUCCAACACAAACUGUACUUGCGGCGCGCCGAGUGCUUCCUAGAAAUGGGCCAAAGACAGAACUGCAUCGAAGCCAUGAAGCAGGCAGUCAGGCACAACGAGAGAAUCAAACUCAAAGGCGUGUCAAAAGCGGAGUUCGACAAGUCGUACCGUUUGUUGGAAGAGAAAAUUGUGAAGCUGAAGCACGACGCGCCUGCCGACGAGCUACACCUGCCCGAGCUGUACCUCGGCGAGAAUCCGGACUUCAGAAACGCUUGCGGAGCUGUCGAACUAGUACGGAACGAGGAGUUCGGGCGUCACGUGCUGGUGAAGGAGCCGGUGAAGAGGGGCGAUGUAAUAUUCGCUGAGGAGCCGUUCGCCUCCGUCAAGCUGCCGGACAAGGACCUCCCGCAUCCUUACUACUGCGACUACUGCUGCAGCAGCGAUUCGGCCAUGAUUGGGUGCAGCGACUGCUCUCGCGUGGUGUACUGCGACGAAGCUUGCUACUAUCUCGGCAAAAACUUUUACCAUCGUUGGGAAUGUAUCGGAGUAAGAGCUAACAUAUUCCCUAUUAUAGGGAUCGCUCAUUUGGCCUUUAGGGUUAUGCUAAAAUACGCCCAUAAGGGCUUCCCUCGUCUGCCGAAGUCUGCCGGCACGCCGACCACGGCUGCCGCACUCAUCGCGGCGUACAGCAACGUGGACAACAUCCACAUCUACAAGACGGAGACAGAGUCCUUCUACCGUAUGUUCAACCUGUCGUCGAACCUGGGCACUUCGGCGAACACCGACAACAUUCAAUACGCCCUAUCGUCCACCAUGCUGACCCUGUAUCUCGAGCAAAAUACUAAAUUUUUUGACUAUUUCCCGGCCAGAGUUGGGUAUCCUCUACCCAUGAGCGAAAUGAAGCUCUUGUGCGCUGCCUUGAUAUUCCGUAGCUUGGGCCAACUGAUUAGCAACGCGCACACGGUAAUGGAAUUGAAUACUGGUCAAAAUCCGAACAUGCCAAUACCGUGCACAUCUAGCCCCUGGCGUCGGAUCGGGACGGGGAUAUAUCCGAGCGCUUCAAUGAUGAAUCACUCUUGUGAACCAAACAUCACAAACGUGUUCUACAAAAACCAUCUCUUCGUUAAAGUGAUCCGUGAGUUGCCCAUAGGGGGUGAAGUUCUCAAUUGCUACGGUCCCCACUAUGCAAGAGCUUCCACCGACGACAGACGUGAAGCCCUACGUAUCCAGUACGGUUUUAACUGUAUGUGCCCAGCCUGCGUCGACGAAUCCAGAAAGGACUUUGUCUCGCUGUUUUCGGCGUACGCAUGCUCGUCAUGCAAGGGUCCUGUUACAUGGGAAGGGACGAGAAUGUGUUGUCACCAGUGUCCCAAUGAGUUCCCGCUGCAAAGGGCCCAGAACGCCGCUGAGACUGCCGAUGCAAUGCACGCAAUAGUUUACUGCAAGCGGUGCCAUAAGGAACUCAAGAUUCCAGACAUAAUUGUCACAUUCACCCGAAGUCACAAAUAUGUGCACCAAGCCAUGCGCGCUCGAACUAAAGAAGAGCGUUGCGACCGAAUGGUUCGGUCCUACCGUCUGAUGCAGCAAGUCUUGUAUCGCCAUCAUAACAUACUGAGAAAGGCCUCUGAUGACCUGGCCAUGCUAUACGCUGCUAUAGGCGAGUACACAAAGAGCAUCGAUCUGAUAAAGCAGAACAUCCAAAGCUUCGAGUACCAGUUCGGGUCAUUCAGCGUCGAGGUAACCAAUGAGAUCAGGAAGAUGGCGAACCUUAUGCUAGGACGCAUCAUGAAAUAUUUGGACAAUCCUGAAUUAGAUGAACGUCAGCCAAUGCCUAUAAAGGAUUGGAUUCGCGAGACCUUGAAGAUCGCUAAGAAAGCUACCCAGUUAAUGGAGCUCAACUUCGGCACGUGGCAGCCGAUGUACAGAGCUCUGAAGGACAACGAGGACGUGCUGGAGAGCAUGCUGGCCGGCCCGCGGUUCCACGACCACCCCGAGUGCUUCAACCAUCGGCUGCAGAACCUGAACCUCAUUUAGCAAGAUAAGUGCACGUUCCUUUAAGAAGGCUGAGACCUUCGCACCUGGGAGACACAAAUUCGUAUGUUAAUGAAGAAAGUACUUUGUGAUUAAGUGGAAACAAGUUUAAAGCUGUUGUGUAUCCCAGGUUCAAAAUUGUAUUCGAACUUGAUCUAAACUAACUAACCUUAUAUCUAAUUAAUCUUAUAUCUAUUACAAUGUGCGUGAUGUCCGUAUAAACAGUAAAAUGUGUGAUGUGUACGACGUAUUCCAAAGAAUUUUAGGAUGUAUCUAUACUAUACUUGUAUUUGUAUUGUGAUGCUGUCCGUAUUUUGUCAUAACCAUUCAUAACUUUUGAUCACCGCUUCCUAAUGACUUUUGACGAUAAAUCGUUUUUACAUGAAAUUGUAUUCAAUUCGCUCAAGAAGUGAGUUGAGUAGUGCGAUAAAAUUCUUAUUCUGAAUCUCCGCGCGCCGUUAAUCUCAGAUUUAAAAUAGCGACAAUCGUGUCGCAUCGAUAUUGUACGAUACAAGGAAUUACUAAAUGGAUGGCUAGCAGCAUCCUUUAGUAUGAUAUACCUGUGAUCACCACGUAAACCUGGUGGAAAAUUUAUCUUUAACAACAGACCAAUACACAUAUUACCAACAUUCAUUGACGAAACCUUAGUAUAAAUCAGUCGUGAUAUAGCCUUAAACAUAGGCACAUGCAGAUGAUACAGGUGUAAACAAUUUGUAGGCAAAGUGAUCAUUUGAUUUGUACCACGCUUGAGUGACAUCUAUUCGUAAGUUGUACAGAGUGACAAACUGGUCUGAGUGGCAUUAUCUAUUUAGUCUCGCUGGGUAGAACAUGUAGCUGGAUGAUCAUUUGGUUGAGUUUAUAUACCUGUCUAUCAUGUACUGGUCAAAAAUUCAGUUUGAGUGAGUUUGUUUCUCUCUCUCUCGUGAACGUGUCCCAUCUGAACUCGUACUAAGGGUACAGUUCAUCGAAUAUUCCACAUUUUAUAUGUAAUAAAUCAGACAUUGAACGGUUCUGUUCAAUAUAUGCGAACCACUGCCCCAUUUCAUCUUCACUAUUGUCUUCGACUUUUAUGUCUAUUUUCCCCAGUGGUAGAGCAUAGCUGUAGGCACUCUGUGUCUCAGCUCGAAUGGGCACGCUCGAUCGGGGCAGUACCACACUCUCACAGGAGAUCGACGGGCAAUAUAGCGACCUUUAAGUUGCUUUGCUUCGUUCGAUGAGUGAUGAGGUCCGGCGCCCACGCUUUCCCCCUUCCCUGUCCCCGUCCCCGCCCCCAUCCCUUUAAUGUUGUUGUGUCGUUCACCGAGUGAUGAGUUCAGAUGACUACUUCUUCUGUCGCCCGAAUUCAUCCCCUCUCACUCCAUUAUUCAUAAUUGUCUUCGAAAGUCACCAUUCUACUUCCUCUGGUGCACACGAUUUUCCUAACUCCAUUUUGUCUCGUAUCUUCGACUUGUAUAAGUCGACGGCCCCCAGUGGUAGAGCACAGCUGUUUCAGCUGUAGUUUGGGCACGCUCGAUCGGGGCAGUACCACACUCUCACGUAAUCGACGGGCAAUAGCGACCUUCGAGUUGCUGUGUUUCGUUCGGUGCGUGAUGAGGUCCGGCGCCCACGCUUUCCCCCUUCCCUGUCCCCGUCCCCGUCCAAGCUUCUCGUCUUCUCUCCCCGUCCCCUAUCUUCCUUCUAUUGUUAGAACUCAGGUAUAGGCAUGUGUUUUCAUAUGAGAGAUCAACUUAAUAUAGUGACCUUCAAGUCGCUGUGUUUCGUUCGCAGAGUGAUGAGUUCCGACGCUUCUUCUUUCGUCAACCCAUUUCAUCCCCUCUCACUACAUCAUUCACAAUUGUCUUCUAUAGUCACCAUUCUACUUCCUCUAAUGGUAAGGUGCAGCUGUAGGAUCUUCUUGUCUUAGAUAUGCGAUCGACGGGAAAUAGCAACCUUCAAGUUGCUGUGUUUCCUUCGGUGAGAGACCAGUUCCAGCGCUCACGUCUUCCCCCAUCCUCACAUAAUUCUCUCCCACUUCAUCCCCCUAACUUCUUAUUGCUCACCAUCUUCAACUUUGACAAGUACACUUCUUCUAGUCGUAAAUCACAACAAUAAGAUCACGUUGUCUUAGAAAGGCGAUCAACGAAAUAAGCGACCUCCCAGUUGCUGUUUUUCGUUCGAUGAGUGAUAUUUUUGACGCCCAGAUCGUCCCCAACUCGACGUCUUCCCCCAUCCCCACUUCAUCUUCCCUAGCGCCACCCAGGCUUCGGCCCCUCCCCUUCUUAUAAAUCCAUAUUCUCUAGUAUCUUCGACUUGUAUAAGUCUAUGUCCUCCAGUGGUAGAGCAUAGCUGAAGGCACUCUGUGUCUAAGCUCGAAUGGGCACGCUCGAUCGGGGCAGUACCACACUCUCACAGGAGAUCGACGGGCAAUAGCAGCCUUCAAGUGGCUGUGCUUAGUUCGGUGAGUGAUGAGGUCCGGCGCCCACGCUUUCCCCUUUCCCCGUCCCCGUUCACGCUUUUCGUCACCUCUCCCCGUCCCCCCAUUCUUCUUCUAUUCCUAGAGCGCAGUUAUAGGCACGCGUGUUGUCAUAUGGGAGAUCAACUUAAUAUAGUGACCUUCAAGUCGCUGUGUUUCGUUCGCAGAGUGAUGAGUUCCGACGCUUCUUCUUUCGUCAACCCAUUUCAUCCCCUCUCACUACAUCAUUCACAAUUGUCUUCUAUAGUCACCAUUCUACUUCCUCUAAUGGUAAGGUGCAGCUGUAGGACCAUCUAGUUGCUGUGUUUCGAUCGGUGAGUGACAAGUUCCAGCGCCUACGUCUUCUCCCACGCCUACGUCUUCUCCCACGCCUACGUCUUCUCCCACGCCUGCGUCUUCCCCCUCCCCCGCGUCUUCCCCCACCCUCACUUUAUAUACCGGCCACAACUUCACUCUUUCUCGUUUAUCAUCUUUAACCAAUAUUUGUCCGUCAGCAAGACCUUAUCUCUUUCUACGAUAUUCCAGGAAUUAUUCGAUGGCAUUAAUCUCUUUUAAGGCUGAGUCCUGCACCUCUUAUAGACAAAUAACUUACAUCAAAGACGCACUGCCUAUCUUGAAGACACCAAUACGUGUGCUGAUACUAUUCGUGAGGUCUUAUAUCACUUUAUUGAAAUAAUCAAAGGAAACGCUUCACGUAUUUAUUUCUUGUAAGGUAAGAGUACUGGAAAUACUUGUCUCGAGGUAUAUGGAGCUCAGUUUAAAGUACUACGACUAUCUGUAUGUCUUGGUUCCAACUUCCUUCUUCAAUCGUUAUAGCUGUGAGCCAAGCAAUUGACCCGACUUUACCCCCCCCCCCCCCCGGGCCUCCUAACUACAUAUUGUCUUGUGCACUAUUUUCGACUUUUAAGUCUUUUUUCUCCAGUGGUAGAGCACAGCUGUAGGCAUUCUGUGUCUAGGUUCGAUCGGGGUAGUACCACACUCUCACCGGAGACGACUAUCGACGGGCAAUAGCAACCAUCAAGUUGCUGUGUUUCGUUCGGUGAGCAUGAGUUCCAACGCCCACGGCUUUUGCACAUCCACGACUUCCCCACCCACAAGUCUUCCCCUGCACGCACGUCUCCCCCAACCCUCACGUCUUCCCCAACACAAUGUCUUCCCCUUGCACACGUCUUCCCCUACGUCUAAAUUCUUCCACACACCCCACAUCCUUCACUAUGACACCCACUUAAUCCUCUUCACAUUCUUCUCAUAACUACUCCGUCUAAAAUCCCCCCCCCCCAGUCGUCGCGUAUUACCAUAUACUUCGUCCUCGCGUAUUACCAUCAACGUCGCCCCCGCGUAUUACAAUCAACAUCGUCCCCGCGUAUUAUUACCAUAUACAUCAUCCCUGCGUAUUACCAUACACAUCGUCCCCGCGUAUUACUAUAUAUAUCGUUCCCGCGUAUUACCAUCAACAUCGUCGCCGCAUAUUACCGUAUACUUCAUAGCCGCGUAUGACCAUACACAUCGUCCCCGCGUAUUACCAUAUACAUAGUCGACGCAUAUUACCGUAUUCUUCAUCGCCGCGUAUUACCAUACACAUUAUCGUCACGUAUUAUUACCAUAUAUAUCGUCCCCGCAUAUUACUAUAUACAUUGUCCCCCGCGUAUUACCAUAUUCUUCGUCCCACGUAUUACCAUAUUCUUCACUAUCUUCGACUUCUAUAAGUCUGUUUUCUGCAGUGGUAGAGCAUAGCAUUUUAAAUACAAAAAGUACUUACUGGAAUUUACUGGAGAAAAUUAAAACACACACUAACUUGCUACCAGCCCCAGACAAAUAUACUGUAUUUUAUUAACUUGUAAAAUACAAUUUUUCCCUUCGGUUUUUCUACUUCAUCUCACACUCCCAAGUUGCUUAAUCCAUCUUAUGCAACCUUUACAAGUCUACUCGUCCACUUCGCCCCAUUUGUUCAUCAUUGCCUUCGACUUACAUAAGUCGACGGCCCCCAGUGGUAGAGCACAGCUGUUUCAGCUGUAGUUUGGGCACGCUCGAUCGGGGCAGUACCACACUCUCACGUAAUCGACGGGCAAUAGCGACCUUCGAGUUGCUGUGUUUCGUUCGGUGCGUGAUGAGGUCCGGCGCCCACGCUUUCCCCUUCCCCGUCCCAGUCCCCUUCCCCGUCCCCCGUCCACGCUUCUCGUUCCCCCUCCCCCGCUUUACUGCCUCUCCUCUUAAGUCCAAAUUUUUCACAUCUUCGACUUUUACAAGUCUCCCACAUGUCCCCGUAACGGCACUUUCUCCCCCUUUUUCUGACUUUUACAGUCGUUUUCCUCUGCACACCUGUAGGCAUUUCUCCCUCUUCUUCAUUCUUCUUUUUACCAACUUUCAUUUUUGUCGAAUUGACAAAAUUGGAAUAUUUUAUUCUUUAAAUAAAUCUCGUUGAGUAUUUUCUCAAGUUUGGCUAUUAUUUUUUUUUUAACAAAAGAAUAACAAUUAGUUAAUUAUUUUUUUUUAUGCAACAAAUAACCAUUUUGAGACAAACGAUUUCGGCUUGUCCGGAUAGAUACGACAACUUGUUGUCAUCAUUAAGACGAAAACAUUAUACCUGGCUAAGACUUUGGGUUCUCUUGUCCGAGGCAAUGUCCCGGACUCGAGUAACUAUAUACACGGCAUAAAUACGAUACAAAGCGGUGAUCAAAUAUACUUCUAAGUCAUACUCUUUAACCGUGUACGUUCACCUAUAGAAUAUUAUAUGUUUAGUCUUAAUUAAAUCGUAUGUACGAAUUAGAUUUAAGAUUCUGAGGCUGUCAGCGAUUCAAAAAAAGGAAAAUUGUGUACUGAAAUUAUUUUCAAAAAUGGUAUGGUGUAAUGAAUUUGAAAUAGCUUGUAAACCAACGAAUAACGGUCACAUUUUGGAGAUAUUGUCAUCAAAGUAAUUCGUCUACGCUGACAGCUUGCUACAACGUGACUAAACAGGUCGCGUUUGUAAUAUUUAAGCAGUAUUUAUUGUGAGUAACGCGUCGCAGUUGUAAGAUUAGUGUUUUAUAUGUGUGUAGCUAUGAUUUGCAAAAUGUAGGCAUUCUCCCUUAACGUUAUUAGUCAUGUCAACACGAUCACUUCACGAUUUCAUUCAUUCCAUAAAAUGCCUUAAACUAAAAAUUAGUAUAUUUAUUUUAUUAAUUUACUUUCUUAUGAUUUAUGAAUGAGAACAUCUAUAAAUGCACUGCGCACUCGUAGCGAAAUAAAUACGUGUGCUGAAACUCGCUAAUAUUAAGACCACGGAAUUAUACUCUGAAAAAUAAAAAAUGAGUAUAUACCUACCUACGCAAAACGCAUUUGUUAAACUAAGAGUGCGAGUACUGGUGAACUGAAACUGGUGAAGAAAAUGUCGUUUUAUAUUAUUUCAACGUUAACUUAUGAUUGCAUUCGUUCAUCAAUCCAUUCAUCCGGGUCAUUAUCAUACGAUUUGUAACCUUAUGUUACUUUAAAAUAAAUUAUGUUUCCUUAUGUUUCCUUGGAUGUAUAUUUUAUUAAUUUUAUGUAUUCCUAAGUUAGUAAUAAAAUCUAUCUGUUUGAUACGUGAAGUUUAGGAUUCAAUUUAAGUACUAUCUCGGUGUUACCUACUGUAAUCAAUAGCGUGGAAUUCUCUUUGCACAGCAAGCAGACCGCAGUCCGACUAUUUUAAAAAAAAAAGGUGAAAUUGCUCUGCACUCGUUCUUUUAUUUCUGGCAUCUGCUUUGACGGCGAAAAGAUGAGGUGUGUUGAGUUAGGCGAUGAAACAUCACUUUGAGCGAAAGGAAUUGUGUUAAGAUCUCGAUUGGUGGAGGAUUAGUAUAUCAUGUUGACUUGUUAGUUUUGUAUGACCCAGCGGAUGCCCCAAAUAUUGACAACUAAACCAGCGGCCUAUUCGUGAAACACUGCCAUGUUUAACGAGUUUGUUUUUUUUUAAUUUCUUUUUCAACUCGUUCUGCAGUCUGCUUGCUUUUUAAAUAAUAUCUCGAUGUCUAAAUUAUAAUUCUGUGUUGUAAGUGUCGUCAAGUAUGUCGCAGGUAAUUUGAUAGUAUUUUUUAAUUUCAAUUCGUUCUUAAAGUUAUGAUAUUUUGCCUUCUGGCGGGGAUGGCGAACCAAUGGCACGCGUGCCAUUGAUGGCACGCGACACAAUAUUUUGGGCACGUCGCCGAUCACGAAAUUCAUUAUGGACUAAGAAAAAACGUGUUAAAUAAGUAUUUUACAUUAAUUUAAAUUACGCGUAUAAUAAAAACAUUGCAAAAUGUACUUAUAGUUUGUAUUUAUUGUUAUUAUUUUCCAAAUAAUCAGAAAGUCAAUGACGCCAAUGAUUGAAGGCACGUCUACGACUUCAUUAAUGAUUAUUUACAAAUAAUGGCACGUCGAUGCACAAAGGUUGGCCAACCAGCCUUAAGGCCUUACAUUUGUUACUUUUUAUGGCGUGGAUAGUACCUGAACAUCGGAUAAUGAAGGCAUUGGCCUUAACAACAGGCAAUAAGCCGAUAGCUACCAUCAACGUUAGCUAGACUAUCCGCCUAUCCAUUAUUUUAAUUUAACAUUAAUAUACUUUUUAUUAAUUUUGAUUAUAUUGUAAUUUUCAUAGUUUUGAUUAUAUUAAUUUUGAGUAUCAUUCGGUUAGUUCUCUAUAAUUUGACUAGGAUAAGGCGGUUCAGAUUUAUGAAGUAGCAUCACGACUUCUGUCGUCUGGCCGCAGUAGUUGCGACGGUAUGUCGCCAAUUAGUCUUUUGUUGAUCUUCAAUUUUCGUGAUGAAGUUCACUGUGCCGUUGUUGACACGCUGCUCGAUACGACUGACAGACCUGACGUUAUUACUUAAAGUGAACUGUAAUCAGUUAUCUGAUAGGACUUCUGAAGGAUAGUCAUUGUAGUGUUCGAGCAGUAACUUCGGAUGUAGUGGGCGGGAUUCACUGUCUAUCUUUCUAUUCUAAAUCUUUCGGAACUGUCGCUUUGGUAUUAUGUGGACUUAGGUAUUGUAACUCGAUUGAAGAUUGAAAACAUCUGUAGGCGGUAUCGUUUCCAUGUGACAGUUUUCAAACUAUCUAUUUUUAAUUUACAACUCUCGGCGUCUAUGCUCUCGAAUUUCUAAACUUCUUCAUCAUAGUUGGUCUUCUGAAAAUCUUCUCGGGAGAUUAAUUUUACCGCGUCAUUGCUAGAUGUUGACUUAAACUCUGAUAUGACAAGACCCUGAUACGACUAAAUCAUUAAUAUCUCUCAAAGCUUUACGAUGAGCUAAAUAAUAUUUAUCACACAUCGUAGUGUGAACACGACAAUUACGAACUACUAGGCAUCAUUUGCGUAGUGCUAUGGUGCUACGUAGGAACCUGAUAUUAUUUGCGUAUUGCUAUGGACGAAAUUUAUUUCUGUGAUCGCGACAAUUAAAAGCCACACAAUCAUCUCUAAGAACGUAACCUCACAGCGAGGUCUGUCCCGCCGCGUACUGGAAACAAAUGAGUAACAAGUAGUCGUGUGGAACAAGAAGCUUGUACACCCUGUCUAUGUACAGUGGACGAAGCAACUCGUCCCUUAACAUCCCGCCACGGCGCGGGACUUACAGCGCUGUGUCCGUUAUUUAAGGACUUAAAAACUGGUGAUGGCUUAUUUGUUGUGCUAACGUUAACUUAUACUAUAAAUUACUUUGUCUUAUUUCUUCGUUUAAUUACAAAUCACGCGAAAAAAUAUAAGAUCUUUUCCACGUAACCUCACAGUAGACUCGGUCCCGUUACGGACAGGCCGCGAAAAAAAAAUUAACAACUACUCACGUUACGGGACUUAGCGUGCUGUGUCCGUUAUUUCAGGACAUUUGAGUAACGUUCGCAAGUGAUUACUUCAAUUUUUCUUCUGUCUUUAAUUUACAAUUUAAUUUUGUCGGACAUACGACUUAUAAGUACUAGGCAUCAUUUGCGUAGUGCUAUGGUGCUACGUAGGAACCUGAUAUUGUUUGCGUAUUGCUAUGGACGAAAUUGAUUUCUGUGAUCGCGACAAUUAAAAGCCACACAAACAUCUCUAGGAACGUAGCCUCACAGCGAGGUCUGUCCCGCCGCGUACUGGAAACAAAUGAGUAACAAGUAGUCGUGUGGAACAAGAAGCUUGUACACCCUGUCUAUGUACAGUGGACGAAGCAACUCGUCCCUUAACAUCCCGCCACGGCGCGGGACUUACAGCGCUGUGUCCGUUAUUUAAGGACUUUUAAUUUAGAUGUGGUUCAUGUAUAGUGCUAAUGCAACUAUUACCGGACAAUGUUACUAAGGUGCAUUCCACUUUCCCAAUAUCGCCCUCGAACUUUUCGCUCGGAUUAUUUUUCAAAUAAUUAGACGGGACCUCAUUGGUCAUUUGUAACGAACAUACGUAACAUCUUACUUGGGCGAGCUACAAAUGGGACGACUGGAUCGAUUCCAUCAGUUUCACAAAAACAGGGGUAAAUGACCGGCUGGCUUGUAUGCUCAUGUGGGUAAGGUUAAUACCUAACCUUUCCCCCAACCACAUAUAGGUUGGCAACAAAGUCUGAGGCCUUUGUACGCGUAUCGUCAGGUGAUCCGUCGGCCCAUUGCCCGCCCAUCCCGAAACAAGACAAUUUCAUGACCUUCAAAACUACUCAGGCUCUCCUUACUUACUACACAUUGCGUACUUAACCGUCUUACUAUAACUUACCUAAACCUGAACUAUUUUAACUCUUUAUAAAAUCCCAUAGCCAACACCAUAUUGGCUUAUUUUUAACUAACUUAUUCUCUAAAUUACUUUGUCUUAUGUAUAGGUAAAUUAUCUUCGUUUAGUUUCAAUUCACGCGAAAAAUUGUGAGAUCUUUUCCACGUAACCUCACAGCAGACUCUCUCCCGUUACGUACUGGCCGCGCGACGUAGCGUCACGUCAACUAACAACAACGCACGGUACGGGACUUAGCGUGCUGUGUCCGUUAUUUCAGGACUUUUAACGUUCGCAAGUGGUUCAUUCGAUUUUCCUCUGUCUUUAAUUUAAAAUUUUAUUUCAACGGAGGUACGACUCAUAAGUACUACGCACCGUUUGCGUAGUGCUGUAGAAGCCACACAAUCAUCUCUAGGAACGUAACCUCACAGCGAGGUCUGUCCCGCCGCGUACUGGAAACAAAUGAGUAACAAGUAGUCGUGUGGAGCAAGAAGCUUGUACACCCUGUCUAUGUACAGUGGACGAAGCAACUCGUCCCUUAACAUCCCGCCACGGCGCGGGACUUACAGCGCUGUGUCCGUUAUUUAAGGACUUAAAAACUGGUGAUGGCUUAUUUGUUGUACCAACAUUAACUUAUACUAUAAAUUACUUUGUCUUAUUUCUUAUUUUAGUUACAAAUCACGCGAAAAAUAUAAGAUCUUUUCCACGUAACCUCACAGCAGACACGGUCCCGCUACGUACUGGCCGCGAAAAAAAUUAACAACUACUCACGUUACUGGACUUUGCGUGCUGUGUCCGUUAUUUCAGGACAUUUGAGUAACGUUCGCAAGUGAUUAUUUCCAUUUUUCUUCUGUCUUUAAUUUACAAUUUAAUUUUGUCGGACAUACGACUUAUAAGUACUAGGCAUCAUUUGCGUAGUGCUAUGGUGCUACGUAGGAACCUGAUAUUGUUUGCGUAUUGCUAUGGACGAAAUUUAUUUCUGUGAUCGCGACAAUUAAAAGCCACACAAACAUCUCUAAGAACGUAACCUCACAGCGAGGUCUGUCCCGCCGCGUACUGGAAACAAAUGAGUAACAAGUAGUCGUGUGGAACAAGAAGCUUGUACACCCUGUCUAUGUACAGUGGACGAAGCAACUCGUCCCUUAACAUCCCGCCACGGCGCGGGACUUACAGCGCUGUGUCCGUUAUUUAAGGACUUUUAAUUUAGAUGUGGUUCAUGUAUAGUGCUAAUGCAACUAUUACCGGACAAUGUUACUAAGGUGCAUUCCACUUUCCCAAUAUCGCCCUCGAACUUUUCGCUCGGAUUAUUUUUCAAAUAAUUAGACGGGACCUCAUUGGUCAUUUGUAACGAACAUACGUAACAUCUUACUUGGGCGAGCUACAAAUGGGACGACUGGAUCGAUUCCAUCAGUUUCACAAAAACAGGGGUAAAUGACCGGCUGGCUUGUAUGCUCAUGUGGGUAAGGUUAAUACCUAACCUUUCCCCCAACCACAUAUAGGUUGGCAACAAAGUCUGAGGCCUUUGUACGCGUAUCGUCAGGUGAUCCGUCGGCCCAUUGCCCGCCCAUCCCGAAACAAGACAAUUUCAUGACCUUCAAAACUACUCAGGCUCUCCUUACUUACUACACAUUGCGUACUUAACCGUCUUACUAUAACUAACCUAAACCUGAAUUAUUUUAACUCUUUAUAAAAUCCCAUAGCCAACACCAGAUUGGCUUAUUUUUAACUAACUUAUUCUCUAAAUUACUUUGUCUUAUGUAUAGGUAAAUUAUCUUCGUUUAGUUUCAAAUUCACGCGAAAAAUUGUGAGAUCUUUUCCACGUAACCUCACAGCAGACUCUCUCCCGUUACGUACUGGCCGCGCGACGUAGCGUCACGUCAACUAACAACAACGCACGGUACGGGACUUAGCGUGCUGUGUCCGUUAUUUAAGGACUUUUAACGUUCGCAAGUGGUUCAUUCGAUUUUCCUCUGUCUUUAAUUUAAAAUUUUAUUUCAACGGAGGUACGACUCAUAAGUACUACGCACCGUUUGCGUAGUGCUGUAGAAGCCACACAAUCAUCUCUAGGAACGUAACCUCACAGCGAGGUCUGUCCCGCCGCGUACUGGAAACAAAUGAGUAACAAGUAGUCGUGUGGAGCAAGAAGCUUGUACACCCUGUCUAUGUACAGUGGACGAAGCAACUCGUCCCUUAACAUCCCGCCACGGCGCGGGACUUACAGCGCUGUGUCCGUUAUUUAAGGACUUAAAAACUGGUGAUGGCUUAUUUGUUGUGCUAACGUUAACUUAUACUAUAAAUUACUUUGUCUUAUUUCUUCGUUUAGUUUCAAAUCACGCGAAAAAAUAUAAGAUCUUUUCCACGUAACCUCACAGUAGACUCAGUCCCGCUACGGACAGGCCGCGAAAAAAAAUUAACAACUACUCACGGUACGGGACUUAGCGUGCUGUGUCCGUUGUUUCAGGACAUUUGAGUAACGUUCGCAAGUGAUUACUUCAAUUUUUCUUCUGUCUUUAAUUUUCAAUUUUAUUUCAACGGACAUACGACUUAUGAGCACUACGCAUCGCUUGCGUAGUGCUAUAAACGGGCGUGUAGCUACUAGGCGUCACGUGCGUAGUGCUGUAGAAGCCACACAAUCAUCUCUAGGAACGUAACCUCACAGCGAGGUCUGUCCCGCCGCGUACUGGAAACAAAUGAGUAACAAGUAGUCGUGUGGAACAAGAAGCUUGUACACCCUGUCUAUGUACAGUGGACGAAGCAACUCGUCCCUUAACAUCCCGCCACGGCGCGGGACUUACAGCGCUGUGUCCGUUAUUUAAGGACUUUAAUUUAGAUGUGGUUCAUGUAUAGUGCUAAUGCAACUAUUACCGGACAAUGUUACUAAGGUGCAUUCCACUUUCCCAAUAUCGCCCUCGAACUUUUCGCUCGGAUUGUUUUUCAAAUAAUUAGACGGGACCUCAUUGGUCAUUUGUAACGAACAUACGUAACAUCUUACUUGGGCGAGCUACAAAUGGGACGACUGGAUCGAUUCCAUCAGUUUCACAAAAACAGGGGUAAAUGACCGGCUGGCUUGUAUGCUCAUGUGGGUAAGGUUAAUACCUAACCUUUCCCCCAACCACAUAUAGGUUGGCAACAAAGUCUGAGGCCUUUGUACGCGUAUCGUCAGGUGAUCCGUCGGCCCAUUGCCCGCCCAUCCCGAAACAAGACAAUUUCAUGACCUUCAAAACUACUCAGGCUCUCCUUACUUACUACACAUUGCGUACUUAACCGUCUUACUAUAACUAACCUAAACCUGAAUUAUUUUAACUCUUUAUAAAAUCCCAUAGCCAACACCAGAUUGGCUUAUUUUUAACUAACUUAUUCUCUAAAUUACUUUGUCUUAUGUAUAGGUAAAUUAUCUUCGUUUAGUUUCAAUUCACGCGAAAAAUUGUGAGAUCUUUUCCACGUAACCUCACAGCAGACUCUCUCCCGUUACGUACUGGCCGCGCGACGUAGCGUCACGUCAACUAACAACAACGCACGGUACGGGACUUAGCGUGCUGUGUCCGUUAUUUAAGGGCAUUUUAACGUUCGCAAGUGGUUCAUUCGAUUUUCCUCUGUCUUUAAUUUAAAAUUUUAUUUCAACGGAGGUACGACUCAUAAGUACUACGCACCGUUUGCGUAGUGCUGUAGAAGCCACACAAACAUCUCUAGGAACGUAGCCUCACAGCGAGGUCUGUCCCGCCGCGUACUGGAAACAAAUGAGUAACAAGUAGUCGUGUGGAACAAGAAGCUUGUACACCCUGUCUAUGUACAGUGGACGAAGCAACUCGUCCCUUAACAUCCCGCCACGGCGCGGGACUUACAGCGCUGUGUCCGUUAUUUAAGGACUUAAAAACUGGUGAUGGCUUAUUUGUUGUGCUAACGUUAACUUAUACUAUAAAUUACUUUGUCUUAUUUCUUCGUUUAAUUUUAAAUCACGCGACAACUUGUAAGAUCUUUUACACGUAACCUCACAGCAUACUCUCUCCCGCUACGUACUGGCCGCGAAAAAAAUUAUCAACUACUCACGUUACGGGACUUAGCGUGCUGUGUCCGUUAUUUCAGGACAUUUGAGUAACGUUCGCAAGUGAUUACUUCCAUUUUUCUUCUGUCUUUAAUUUACAAUUUAAUUUUAUCGGACAUACGACUUAUAAGCACUAGGCAUCACGUGCGUAGUGCCGUGGUGCUACGUAGGUACCUGAUAUUACUUGCGUAUUGCUAUGGACGAAAUUGAUUUCUGUGAUCGCGACAAUUAAAAGCCACACAAACAUCUCUAGGAACGUAGCCUCACAGCGAGGUCUGUCCCGCCGCGUACUGGAAACAAAUGAGUAACAAGUAGUCGUGUGGAACAAGAAGCUUGUACACCCUGUCUAUGUACAGUGGACGAAGCAACUCGUCCCUUAACAUCCCGCCACGGCGCGGGACUUACAGCGCUGUGUCCGUUAUUUAAGGACUUUUAAUUUAGAUGUGGUUCAUGUAUAGUGCUAAUGCAACUAUUACCGGACAAUGUUACUAAGGUGCAUUCCACUUUCCCAAUAUCGCCCUCGAACUUUUCGCUCGGAUUAUUUUUCAAAUAAUUAGACGGGACCUCAUUGGUCAUUUGUAACGAACAUACGUAACAUCUUACUUGGGCGAGCUACAAAUGGGACGACUGGAUCGAUUCCAUCAGUUUCACAAAAACAGGGGUAAAUGACCGGCUGGCUUGUAUGCUCAUGUGGGUAAGGUUAAUACCUAACCUUUCCCCCCAACCACAUAUAGGUUGGCAACAAAGUCUGAGGCCUUUGUACGCGUAUCGUCAGGUGAUCCGUCGGCCCAUUACCCGCCCAUCCCGAAACAAGACAAUUUCAUGACCUUCAAAACUACUCAGGCUCUCCUUACUUACUACACAUUGCGUACUUAACCGUCUUACUAUAAUUUACCUAAACCUGAACUAUUUUAACUCUUUAUAAAAUACUUACUCUUUAACUUACUUUAUUACUCUUCGAAAUCUGUCAACUUGAGACCGAUAGGUCUCCUUAUUUAUAAGAGCAGUGCUAACGAUGUAAUGUGGGCAUUAUAUACGCCCACGUUUACAAGAGCGGUGACACCACCAUCCGCUACUUGGGGAAGAAAUGACUAUUAUUAUAAAUAAGGACCAAGAAACUCUUCAAAUGAACACUUCAACAAAUUUCUCAGUAGUAGCACGGAGUCUGGAAAUGUGCCCGGUUAUGGCAAUAGGUUCACCACUACAUGGGACUUACAAAAUAAAUUGGGAAAAGUGGGUGUACACAGUGGCAUUACGUGCCAUAAUGUGCACCUCUGCCUACAUCUUCAGGGAUUAAAGGCGUGACGUAAACUCUACACACUAGUCUAAGACUGAAAAUAUUCUACACAAAUGGUGCUAUUAACCCAUCUUGUACCGGAACGCAGAUCUACACUAGACACAAUGUGUUUUCAUUGUUGUCUUAAUACGAAAGAACUGAACAACAUCUCAAACAGGGGCUACCACUAUCUCGCCCCGCCUGUUGGUACUGGUGAGCGACGACAUUUGACAUCACGGAAACAAAUUAACAUUUUACUAUGAAAUACACUAAAUCAUUAUUUCAUUAAACGGUUUUAUUUGACCUGUUGGUUUAUCUGGGUCUGGUUAUUGGGAUUUGUUCCCCUUCCCGACGACAGAUCAAUCUGAUAUUUGAUACACACCCCUGAUGACCAUACGCAUUAAAACCGUUUCACACACAAAAUAUUUUUAGUUAUUUCUUGUAAAUUGUUAACAUCUCCACCUUCCUGAUGACAGAUCAAUCUGAUAUUUGGUACACACUUUUAAUCUUGAUGACACAUUAAAAUCGUUUAACAUAUUAUACAAAUUAUUUUAUGUAUUAAGUACUUGCAAACAUUAACUAUGAAAUAUCGGACGAAACUCUAAAACUAUUUUCUUUAAUGGGUGCAGAAAUUUUAUCACUUAGGAUCUUUUUUUUAAGACGUUGUAAUUCCUAAUUAACAUACAAACACAAUGUUUAGAUGUUAAUCAGAAAUAUCGACCUCUUUUGGCAAAUUAUUAAUCUCGGUAAACAGCAACUUCUUACACUUACGUACUCUUAAAGGAUUGAGGAUGUGAUCUCUACAGGAUCGGUGAUCAGUUCGAGAACUAGAUGCCUUACUAUCUUGACUUUCUUUCCUCUCUAAAUCUUUCUUCUUAACCGUCACUUGGUUGGCUAUCAAGUAUCAAGGAUGGUUUUCCCCAUCCUAGGUUCUGAUAGGAGCAGUAUGAGCACACAAGCAGGUCUUUACUAUCGGAUUAGGUGCAGUGGCGUUCUAUAUCUUCUACUAUCCUGACUUCGUUAAAUCUAUCGUUAUUUUACUCAAUUAUUCUAAUAUAGUUGUAGGAUUUUUCGGUAUGUCUGAGAGUAUGAAAGUGAGUCAACUGUUUGAAAGUUGAUCGGAAUGUGUUAAUGAUGUGUGAAAGGGUGCAUAAAGAUAGAAGGCGGAGGAUAUAAAGUAGGGAUAACCAUCCCAUAAUGGUUUCGAAAAAUGCCGGUCAACGUACGUUUAUUAAGAAGUGUAUUCAGUCUCAUUGGAUAUUGUCUCAAUACGGAUAGUAGCGUGCUGAAAAUUUACCUCAAAAUGUAUGAGAGAUGAAUGGACGUUCACUAAAGAGUUUGCAAGAUGAGGAAUAAAAGUUGCAUUUAUUUCAAGUUAUUGGAGCCAAAUAUACAUGACGAAAACGAGCAUUUUUAUCGUCUGUGCUCUGCAUUUAUCACUUUGCUGGAAGUUCGCAAAGGCCGUCGGCUUGGGGGCAAGUGCCAAAUAUAAGUGAUGCUUAUUGGUACUUUUGAUACUUAAAAUCGUGCGAGUAGGACGAAAAAUUUUAUUAUUAUUUGUUUAAUUUUGGCAAAUUAUAAUGAAUCAUCCAAUUCAUUAUAUUUGUUGGUUGAGAAAAAUCUACUACGGGCUCUGGCUAAGAGCUUCUAAGCUCCUUAGUACCUAAACUCGUGUGAUUUAAUCAAAUUACCUUGCGACAUGAAUCGGUGUUAUGUAAACGUAAAUAUAAGUUGGUGUUUAGUGGCUUCAGUAAACGCUUUCUGUGUAUCCAA